AUGACGCAGAUGACUGGCGACAGAGCGUUUUCCCGCGCAGUUUGUGUUCCUGCUGUCAGAGCCAGCGAGCUGCUGGGCGCUUUGUGAAGCAGCAGCAUGGACUUAUCGCAGUAUGAUGCCGCCAGCCUGCCAGACCUCCUGCCGCUCUAUUACCGGAGACUCUUUCCUUUUUACCAGUAUUUCCGAUGGCUAAACUACGGGGGCGUUGUGAAAACGUACUUUCAAAACCGCGAGUUUAGUUUCACAUUAAAAGAUGACAUCUAUGUACGAUACCAGUCCUUUAGCAACCAGAAUGAACUCGAGAAAGAGAUGCAGAAGAUGAAUCCCUACAAGAUUGAUAUUGGAGCUGUAUAUUCACAUAAGCCUAGCCAACACAACUCUGUGAAGUCUGGAACAUUCCAAGCACAGGAGAAGGAGCUGGUGUUUGAUAUAGAUAUGACUGAUUAUGAUGAUGUUCGUCGAUGCUGCAGUUCUGCAGAUAUAUGCACUAAAUGUUGGACUCUAAUGACAAUUGCUGUUCGAAUUUUGGACAGAGCCUUGGCAGAUGAUUUUGGUUUUCGACACCGGCUGUGGGUCUACUCAGGUAGAAGAGGAGUCCACUGCUGGGUGUGUGAUGAGUCUGCAAGGAAGCUCUCUCAAGCCGAGAGAUCAGCUGUUGCUGAGUAUCUAAGCGUGGUAAAGGGUGGUAAAGAUACAAUAAAGAAAGUACAGCUUUCUGAAACAAUUCAUCCAUUCAUCAGGAAGUCACUCAGUGUAGUGGAAAAGUAUUUUGAAAAAUAUGCCUUGGUGGACCAGGACAUCUUGGAAAAUAAACAGUGCUGGGACAAAGUGGUGGCGUUGGUUCCAGAUGCAGUUCGUGAGACCGUGCUACAAGAAUUCCAGAAGGCACGCUCCUCUGUUGAGCGUUGGCAGAAGCUUAAAAAAUGUUUAUCAAAUGCAGCAGAUAUUAAGAAAGGUGGACUUGGAGCCUCCGAAAUCAUGUUACAGUACUGUUAUCCUCGCUUGGAUAUAAAUGUCAGCAAAGGACUCAAUCACUUGUUGAAAAGUCCAUUCAGUGUACACCCCAAAACAGGUCGUAUUUCUGUCCCCAUAGACUUGAGAAGUUUGGACAAAUUUGAUCCUUUUGCAGUGCCAACAAUAAGCUUGAUAUGUAGUGAGUUGGACACAGUGAUUAAAAAAGAGGAUGAAGACCAGUCACCUGAUGGAGAAUCUGAAAUGAAACGUCGAACUAGAGACUAUAAGAGAACCAGCUUAGCACCAUAUAUAAAGGUUUUUGAGCAGUUUUUAGAUCAACUGGACCAGUCGCGUAAAGGAGAACUGCUGAGCAGAAGUGAUAUAAAGAAGGAAUUUUGAAGCUGCUAACCUCACCACUUCAUUGUGAAGCGCAGACAUCCUUUAGAACAUCUCGCAGUCAUCCAUGUGGUCGUAGGUGCCAGAGAUGCUAGUUCAAACCUUGGCUUGGAGCUAUUCUACAGCUUACAUGAAAAUGUGGACUGUUGAGGACAUGGGAAACAUUAAAAUUAGAAACAAAAAUAGACCAUGUUUUUUUCCCUUUUCAGAAAUGUGUAAAUAUGUUUACAGAGUAAGAGAUUUCUUUAAAAGGGGAUGGAGGUUUUGUUUUUUUUGGCCAACCUUUUAGAUGUUCAAGUUUCGACUGAAGAAUACCUAAGGAAUUCGUCACUUUGUUAAAUUUGACAUAUUGAAGAAAUUGUAUUUUUGUUUUUGUAUUAAAAUAGACCUACAAUAAAAACAACUGUAUAUGUG